GUUGUAUUCAUUUGCAAAACCAGAAGGCUCAGUUCCCUCGUCAAGCAGCCAAUCAGAGUCAUCUAUAUUAGCCUGAUUGGAAAUAGCUGCGCUGUAUCUGUGACUGUCUGUGUGGAUUAGACUGGAAAGAGAGAGAUUUGUUCCACUGGUACCAAUCAGUCAACCGGCCAGAGCCUUCAGGAGGACAGGGAUGAUCUCACAGGCUGCAGUUACAUAACACUCACAAGGAGGGAGAGGGAGUUAACUAGACUUCUGCUUUAUUCUUGAACUCACUAUUUGUUAUUUCUAAUCUAUGCUUCAGUAGUGAUUGGACUUGGUCAGUAUUUGUUUUUGAUUAGGUAUGCUGGUGGCAAUCAUGAAGCUAGGAGAGAGAGAGACGAACCAAAACCUGCUCUCAAAUUAGUAUAAUGCUUUUUUCCUCAACACCCUGACAGAGAUGAAUCACUCAAUGAGUAUACAUUGCCUCUAAUCUAAGCUUAUUCGUUUAGAUUUACUGAUAGUUAACAGUGUCUGGGUCUGAGCUAAUAUGGGACAGAAAGAGAUAAACUGAAUACACUGUCAACACAUCACGACUCUAAAAAUGAGAGCUCAUUAAAUCACAAACAAGAGGUGUAUUACUUCCAUAUCAACCAGAUAAUAGACGAAAUCCGCUUUACUUUUAUGGUAAAAAAAAACAACAACAAACAGAUUAGCAAACAAGCAAAAGACUUUUUGUGAACAAUCGCGUGCUGUGCGCAGUUACGCACGAUGCAAGGGACUGCGGAGGAUAGCGACAAUGAAAGGAGCGGUGCCGUCGUGCGUUCAGGCGCUUUCGUUUGUAUAUGUUUGUCCUAGAAGAUGACAGAGCUCCGUGACUGACUGUCCUGCUGUAGUGGAGUCAAGCAGCAAAUGGAGCCUGAGAGCAGAAACAGAUGUCAGAGCAGCCUCGUUUGUGACGGAUUGCAUCAUAAACGACCCAAAUUCCAGCUUCUAGGAAAGGUGAUUCAUGAAGGAGAAACCACCUUAGGUUAGACAUAUUUUCUCCCUCAUUGCUCCUUGUGGUUCAGAUACGUCACCGGAAGGAUGAAUCAUUUUGAUUUAUUGGAAAAGUGAUUUUGUGAUUUGUUUGAGUCCUUACUUCUUCAAAGAGUUGUUUGAGGGUUCAGACUUGGUUACAGAGGACAGAGUAGGCUACAGAUCACAGUACAAGUGUGUGUGAUUGACAGAGAGAUUAGCCUUGGGAUGGCUAAUGGCUAAACUGUAGGACAAACACAUUCAUCUCAUGCUUCACCAAUGAUCGAAAGCUUCCAAUAUAGGGCUAUAAACAAGAUCUCCAGCGUUUUGAAGUUACAUUCCUGAAAUUUCUCAGAAGAAGAACUCAGAAGGCCGACCCGACAGAGAUCAUAUUCUUCAUCCCUCCAUCCCUUUUCUCUGACGGAGGAUAAAGUGUGUGUGUGUUUUUUUUUGAAGAGAAGAGACCCCAGUGUUUGCUUGGAUAUGGAUUUUCUACGUCUGAGAGAGAGACAGAGGGAGCUAAGCUGAGGUCAAGGCCUUCCUCCUCUCCCCCCCUGGAGUCACAUGUCAGCGUGAGGCACAACCCCCGGGUUGCUAUCGCUACACUGACCGACCUAAAUACUUGUAUACUCACUUGGAGAAGCAACACAGACUGAGUCACUCAGCUGGGAGUGGAAAUCGACAGAAGAGCUUCUUAUCAAGUGAAUUUGCUUUGUGAGCUGUUGACACUGCUCUGUUUCUCCUGCUGGUUUUAAUCAGACCUGAACCCAUAGAGGUCCUGUCCGAGCCAGUGAGUGCACGCAGGAGAAUUACCUUUCUCUCCGAUACAGAGAAGCACACGGAGUUUUCUCUGAAGAUACUGGAAACGCCUCACGUCGACCUGAAAGAAGCAGAAUGCCAGCAAAGACGCCAAUGUACUUAAAAACUACAACUCCCAAGAAGGGGAAGAAGCUGAAGCUGCGUGACGUCCUCUCAGGUGAUAUGAUCAGCCCCCCGCUGGGCGACGUACGUCACAGCGCCCACGUGGGGCCUGAAGGUGAGGGUGACAUGUUUGGAGACGUGGGUUUCCUCCAGGGCAAGAUGAACAUGCUGCCGUCCCUGAGUCGGACGCAGAACGGUCACUCACGCUCGUACAGCGUAGAGACGCGUCAGGAUGACGGCUUCGCCGCGAGACAGGACUCGCACAACUACUCCUACAACGGUUACCAUUAUCAGCAAACCUCUGCCGGCCUGCUGAAGACCACCAUCUCCAUGCCUGUGUUCAUCGCCCACGAACAGGCUCCACCCAAACCCCCACGCCUCCACCUGGACGACCCCUCCCCUCCCCAUCUGCCUUCCCAGCAAAACUCCUUCCUGCACCAUCAGCCGCCUACAGAGACGAGCCACAAACAGGCCAACGGCUACAACCACGCAGACAACCACAGCUCUCUGACGCUCUUUGAGAACGGCGUGGUGGGACGUUUGGCAUCAGAGCCCUGCCGCGACAUCUCCCUCUCGCCCUCCAUGCGUAGGCUCGUCCCCUCCUCCGGCUCCUUCUCGGAGGUCUCUUCUGAGGACUCCAUGUCAGAGACCUGCGGGCCCCCGGACGUUCGCCGGGGCCUCAGCCUGGACUCUGAUGCCGGCCUGAGCAACGAGGACCUGAGGAGUGAACGCAGCGAGUCGCCCUGCGCUACCUAUCAUCCAGCCGGUCUCACAGCUUCAUCCGGUGUGCCGCGGUCAGACUCUCUGGCGGGAUUAGACCUGGAUCUGGGACCAUCCAUCCUGGAGGAUGUCCUGAGUAUCAUGGACCGCUACAAGACUGAGGACAACCGCUGUGAGCUGUGAAGAACAGAAAGAUUAAUGUGAUGUACAGAUAUUUUUAUACAUUUAUUGUUUAUUGAAUCCUUUAAAACUUUGCAGAGAUGACGAAGGGACGGAGGAAACGGAGGGCGGAGAAAAUGUCUUUCUUAAGAAGACAGCUGAGUUUAAACGUCCUUGAAAGACUUAAGAAAGGCGACAGGCACGUGGACGUUGUUGUAAAGUGCCGGGAUGUUGCUGCCCGACUUGACAACAAGGCAACAGGCUGGUCCUUAGGAGCCUGAACAGAGCUCAGACUCAUAAACAUUCAAACUGUAAGAUAACAAAGAGGAGAACUGCAGCCACUUUGUUAUCACCAACCUUGGCAACACAUUCCCCGUUUCUUAGGACAAAAUACCAGACACUACCCACAUGGUUUCUAAUCUGACAUGCGCUCAGAGCUCUCUGCUCGUUAAUGGUUCACAGAUUACCAGCUGAGUCUGAUAUAAAUGUCUGUAGACUGACAUGGGAGACACCGACAACUGUGAACAGAAUCCAGGAGCAGCAGGAUUUAACCACAGCUACUAACUUCGGACAUCUCUGCAGCAGAGUUCAAAUUAUCCUAAACUGAACUGCAAAAAUACAUAGUUUUACGGUGAAGGUCAUGUUCUGUCCUAAUUCAUUCUGGCUGCCUGAAAUGUUUCAGAAGACUAAAUAUUAAUAUCUUCACUUGUUUACUGUGAUUCAACACCAGAUGAAAUGUGAAGAACUUCUUCUGUAACAGAUGAAGACGUAAGCUAAGAGCUAGCUCUACAUGUCCUCUGGUGUUGCUUUAAAGAACAGCAGCUCUGACAUUUCAGCCGCAGGUUUCUUUCUUCUGAUCAGAGGGAAACUUAUUCUUGUAGUUUAACUAAUAAAAAAGCUUUACGUGUAAGAAAGGUGUUGCUUUGUAGAUCAUUCUCAAAUACUGGUCUUUUAAAAACACUCUUUGUCCAUGUUGUGGCUCACUGUCGGCCUCCCUAACAUUCACUGUCUGCAUUAUCACAGUAGCCUAUUAUUCAAAUGUCAUUUAUGCUGUGUGUAUAUAUAUAAAUAAAAAUAUAUAUAUCACU